CCGCCUCCGCGCAUGCCCCGUGCGCUCGCAGGCCCGGCGGUAGUGAUGGCGGCUCGUUGCGUGAGGCUGGCGCGGCACAGCCUCCCGGCUUUGGCGUUGUCUCUCAGGUCCUCUCCUCGACUGCUGUGCACAGCUACAAAACAGAAGAACAAUGGCCAGAACUUGGAAGAGGACAUGGGUCAGAAUGAACAGAAGACAGAUCUGCCCUCUGCAGAGAAGACACUGAUGGAAGAGAAGGUCAAGCUGGAAGAGCAGCUAAAGGAGACCAUGGAAAAGUAUAAGCGAGCUUUAGCAGAUACUGAGAACUUGCGGCAGAGGAGCCAAAAACUGGUGGAGGAGGCGAAGCUAUAUGGCAUUCAGGGCUUCUGCAAGGACUUGCUGGAGGUGGCAGACAUUCUGGAGAAGGCAACACAGUGCGUCCCGAAGGAGGAGAUUGGAGACGAUAACCCGCACCUGAAGCACCUCUACGAGGGGCUCGUGAUGACUGAGGCCCAGAUCCAGAAGGUGUUCAGGAAGCACGGCUUACUCCGGCUGAACCCCGCGGGGGCCAAGUUCGACCCCUACGAGCACGAGGCCUUGUUCCACACGCCGGUUGCGGGCAAGGAGCCGGGCACGGUGGUGCUCGUCAACCAAGUGGGGUACAAGCUGCACGGGCGCACCCUGAGGCCCGCCCUGGUCGGGGUGGUGAAGGCGGCGUAGCGGCCUCGCGGGCUCCGCGCGGCUGUGUCACGAGACCACUCGCCGCCUCAGGCCGCUGCAUCUUUUCUCCGCUGCGGGUGCCUGUGACCUUCUCCUAAACCUUGUUGCCAGGCUUUAGUGACCAGUGGCUGGACAGGAAGUAAGCCGGGUGCACAGCCGCGUUAACGAACGUUCGCGAGUUACUAGUUCCGCGCGCCCACGGGACAGGCCGGCGGGAUGCCACCGGACCCUGGGGUGUCGGGAAAAACACCGUGUCCGCUCAAGCCCUGGUGACGUCGGAGUAUUUCAAAUGAAUAAAAGGUCUGCGGGAA